AUGGCUUCCACCUUUCUCGCCGACAGCGAAGCGCCCAUCGUUCUUUUGAGCGCCAAGAAGCACUUCGACCAGUUGCCCUCGUCGAAGGAACAGCUCUACGCCCACCACUUGCUGAGAGCGUCCCACUGGGGCACGCGGGCGGUGUUGCGGUCGGUGCUGCCGGAGCUGGAGGCGAUCUACGACUUGAUUCUCAGAGUACACGACAAAUUGGGUCAGCCUAAGGAUAACGAAGGUUAUGUGACUCAAUUGGGCCCCAAUGCUACCGCCUACUUGGAGUACGCGCUGCAAUUCUUGGGUAACUUGGGUAACUUCAAGUCGUUUGGUGACAAGAAGUUUAUCCCCAAUUUGACUCCCGAACAGUUUGACGAGCUCAUUGCUAAGGUGGGUGACGACGAAGUAUCUCGUCUUUACCAAUUGGUCAAGGAAUCGUUGUUUUCCACCGAACCUGGCUUGCUUGGCUGGAGAGACCAAGGUCAUGUGUCGCUGUACUACCCCGGCGACCAAGUACCUACGAAGCAAGAGAUUGAGACGGUGAACUCUGCCUUGGCCGAUAAGGGGAUCAUGCCGGAAAACACUCGCGUCGAAAAAGUCGGCGACAACCAGUUUGUCGUCCACGUGGCGCUGGCUGACCCUGCCACCACCCCUGACUACUACCCUGACUCAAUCUCCUACAAGGGAGCUACCAUCACCUUCAAGUUUGGUGACCACGCCACUGAGUUUGCUCACAUUGUCGAUGAACUUAAGCAGGCGCAAAAGUACGUGGCCAACGACACCCAGCGCAAGAUGAUCGGUGACUACAUCGAAUCGUUCAACACCGGGUCGAUGAACGCCCACAAGGACUCGCAGAUCCAGUGGGUGAAGGAUCUCGGUCCUCUCGUCGAAUCUAACAUUGGUUUUAUUGAAACCUACCGUGACCCGCUGGGGGUGAGAGGUGAAUGGGAGGGUUUAGUGGCGAUGGUCAACCAAGACCGUACCGCUAAGUUUGCUGAGCUUGUGGCUCUGGCGGGUAAGUUCAUCCCUCAAUUGCCCUGGGAUCUGGCGUUGGAGAAGGACAAGUUCACUCCUCCUGACUUUACUUCAUUGGAAGUGUUGACGUUUGCUGGUUCGGGUAUCCCUGCGGGUAUCAACAUCCCCAACUACGAUGACGUCAGACUCACCAUUGGCUUCAAGAACGUGUCGCUUGGUAAUGUGCUUAGUGCCAACCCCAAGAACCCCAAGAAGGAAGAAGUGAUUACUUUCUUGACUCCUGAAGACCAGGAACUCUUCCGCAAGUGGCGUGACGACGCCUUUGAAGUGCAAGUCGGUCUCCACGAGUUGUUGGGCCACGGUACCGGUAAGCUUUUACAGGAAACUAGCCCUGGCAAGUACAAUUUCGACCGUGACUCGGUUCCCUACAAGACGUGGUACGGUCCCAGCGACACCUGGGGGUCGGUGUUCGGUCUGACUGCCGGCAGUUACGAAGAGUGCCGCGCUGAACUUGUUGCCCUCUACUUGAUCCUCAAGCUGCCGCGGGAAGUGUUGCCUAUCUUCGGUAUUGCCGAAGCCGACUUUGACGACGUCACUUUCAUUGCCACCGUGCUUAUGGCUCGCGCUGGUAUCGCUGCGUUGGAGCUCUGGGACCCGCUGCUGAAGAAGUGGGGGCAACCGCACUCCCAGGCCCGUUUUGCCAUUUUGAAACAAUUGCACCAGGCCGGUGUGGUGCUGCUUGACUCGCAAGCCGCCGACUUUGACGAUCUUGUGAUCACCGUCCACCGCGACAAGCUUGGCCAACCUGCCGUCGACGCCCUUGGCGAGCUCUUGCAAGAUCUCCACGUGUACAAGUGCACCGGCAACACCGAAGGGAUUGCCUACUACGCCGACAAGACCAACGUCGGCGACUACGCCAAGUACCGCGACGUCGUCAUCGCCAAGAAGCGUCCUCGCAAGCAACUCAUCCAGGCCAACACCGUGGCUGAGGGUGACAAGGUCACCGUGCGCGAGUACGACGAGAGCGAGGUGGGGAUGAUCCAGUCGUUUGCCGAACGUCACGUCUAA